AACCUGCAUUUUUUUUAGGUUAGAAUUUAGACAAAUUCAUGUUUAUUUGAAUAAACAUUUUUAAAGUAUGCAUAUUAAACGAUUGCAUACUUGUUGCACUCUUUUAAAAGAACGGCCCACCAAUUUAAAAGGAAAAAAACAUAGCUCGCAAUUAUGGUUAACGAGGCAACUUAAAGAUCCUUAUGUUGAAAAAGCCAAAAAGGAGAAUUAUCGAUGUCGAAGCGCGUUUAAACUUUUGGAAAUCAAUGAAAGGCACAACAUUCUCUCUCCUGGAAUGAUUGUCAUAGACUGCGGCGCUGCUCCAGGAAGUUGGACCCAGGUCGCCGUGAAAUUAACCAAUUCAAACGGCUCUCAGGAAAACAAACCAAUAGGAUCUGUUUUUUCGAUAGACAGACAACUUUUCCAUCAAGUCGAAGGAGCACAUAUUCUAGGAAAUAGUGAUUUCACUUCUCUCGAAACUCACAGGAAACUUCGUGAUCUCUUAAACGGAAAAUUGGUGGACUUGGUCAUGUCCGACAUGGCACCAAAUGCUUCUGGUGUUAGAGAUAUCGACCACGAAGUUAUCAUUACUUUAGCCUAUUCCGCCUUGAAAUUCGCCCUACAAUUUUCCAAACCUGGUUCUACUUUUUUGACUAAAAUUUGGGACGGUGGGAAAUCCUCUCAACUGGAAGAAGAUUUGUGCAAGUUUUAUAACAAAGUUAAAGUGGUUAGACCUGAUGCUACAAGAGACGAUUCUCAUGAAAUGUACUUUUUAGCAAGAGAAUUUAAAGGAUUGAAAGCUGGCUAAAAGUCUAGUUUGAAAAUAAUUACAAUUAAAUGAGAGAGGGUUCGGAUUGUGCGACUUUUUCCAUUUUUUUCGACUUUUUGAAGAAAAAUGUGACUGAUCGACUUUUUUGCGCUUUUUUAGAAGGUCGCUAUGCUUAGUU